UAGUUAUGGUGACGGAACUUUAGAACUACUUUUUCAAACUUAAAGAGUUAACCUAUAUAAUCUUGCCGUUAUUUCCCGCCGUGCUUCGUUCCCAGGUAUCCUAAUAAGUUAGAAAGCAUAUGUAUAUAGAAUUUCAUUGAACUACAUUUUAUUUAUAUAUUCUAUUCCUGAAGAACCCUCGAAUAUUGAACAUUCGAAAUGCCCCCUAAAAGGAAAUUGCAAAGCACAACAGAUGACAAAAAAACAGCGAAACGGACUAAGUUCACUCUUAGUAAUGAUAUAUUCACACCAUCUACGAAGCAAGGAAGUGUUUUAGUAACUGGUCAGAAUGACGUAGGCCAAUUAGGUCUUGGAGAUGAGGUGAUGGAAAAGAGUAGAUUGGCUUUGCUCCAAUUGGAAAGUAACAAUGAAGUUAUAGAUAUUUGUGCUGGUGGAAUGCACACUGUAUGUUUGACUAAGGACGGCAAAAUUUUCACAUUUGGAUGUAACGAUGAAGGUGCACUUGGAAGAAAAACUGAUGAUGAAGAAAAUUCAGAAUAUGUACCAGGUCCUGUCGAGUUACCUGAAAAAGUUAUUCAGAUUUCAGCAGGAGACUCUCAUACUGUUGCCUUGUUAGAAGAUGGUAGAGUGUUCGCUUGGGGAACAUUCAGGGAUACUCAUGGCAACAUGGGUCUGACAAUGUCAGGUAAUGAAAGACUACCUUAUGAGAUUAUAAAAAAUGUUCCCAUAGUGAAAGUAGCAUCUGGUGAAAAUCACCUCGUACUCUUGACUCGUUUUGGCCAAGUUUAUACUUGUGGAAAUGGAGAGCAAGGUCAACUUGGUAGAACAACUGAAAGACAUAGUGGACGUGAUGGUAGAGGUGGUAUGAGUAAAGCACAAAGAGAAAAACUUCUUAUACCGGCUUUAAUAAACGUUAAACCUUCUUUGAGACUCCAUUUUGAUAACAUUUGGUGUGGAUCUUGUGGUACUUAUGUGAAAGUUGCAGGAUCAGAUAGCAUAUACGUAUUUGGGCUCAAUAAUUAUGGGCAACUAGGAUUAAGUCACAGUGGACAGCAAUAUGUUCCAGCACAUAGCAAAAUAUUUUCUAACCAAAAUUUAGUGGAAAUAAGUGGAGGUGUACAUCACACAUUAGCACUGAAUAAAAGUGGUAAAACUUUUGCUAUUGGAAGGCAUGAAUAUGGAAGGUUGGGAUUAGGAGAAGAUGCGAAGGAUGCAACAGAAUUAAUUGCAAUUCCAAAAUUGAAAGACUAUAAAGUAACUACUAUUUCGGCUGGUUCCUGCACCUCGUUUGCGGUAACAGAAAAAGGAGAAUUGUACUGUUGGGGUAUGGGAACAUCUGGUCAAUUAGGAACAGGCAGUGAUGAAGACUGUCUAGAGCCAACCCUUGUUAAAGGAAAACAGUUAGAACAACGCUCCGUUAUGAAAGUUUCAAGUGGUGGACAACAUACUGUAGUAUUGGCUUUCACAACCAAUAACAAUCAAAAUGGAAACAAGUAAAACAGAAUUGUUACUAGAAAAUUCAUAUGACCAUAAAUUUAUUUUUGAAAGGCAAAUUGUAGGAACAAUUUUCAAAAUAAGAAGAGGGUUCCAAUUGUGUGGUGGUUCUUUUAAUUUAAGUCAAUACCUAAAUAGGCAAUUAUUAUUUUUCCUAGUAAUUUUUGUUAUGCUGUUUGUAAUCCUGUAAAUAAUUUGAAAAUACUAAUUAAAGGAACUAUUAUUGAUGUUUUUGCUACUGCUAUGAAGACGUUUUUGUAUAAACUUCAUGGAAUUGUUAAUGUUCAAGUUGAUCUUGAACAGAGUAUGACAAAGUUCUAUUUAAAGAAAAUGUUGACAGUGUUCAAUUUCUUCGUGAUUGUUCUUUGAGUUGUGUUGUUUUUGAGCUGAGUUUCUGUUAGUACAGUAACUAAAUAAUUAGUUUUACGGCAAUUGUAACUUCAUUUUGUUAUUUCGUACUGCCAUAAUUGAUUGUAUUUUUCAAGAAGAAAAAAUAAAGAAUUGAAUUUGA